AUGACUAUUCUCAAUCGCAUAAAAUUAUAUCCUUCUCAUCACAAUUCUAUUAAUAAUUCACAUUCCAAUAUUAAAAAUGAUAAAAAUACAAAAAAUGCGUCAGAAAUUAUAAAACGUAAAAAAGUAAAAGAAUGGAGUGAAUUAUCAACGGGAGAAAAAGUGAUUGGAGCAGCAAAAGUGACGUCAAAUUUUAGUAUAAUUGUAAUAGGAAUUGGAUUAUUUGUUUCAUAUUUUGUUAUAACAGAAUUAUUUGGUCCAUCAAGUUCUACUAAAAAAGUUUUAGGAUUACCAAUGACAGGUCAAGGAAUUCCUCAUUCUGGUUCUAGAUUACGUGCUAGAAGGGUUUAUUUUCAAGAUGUAAAAAAUGUUGAUGGAACUAGACAUAGAUUAUUACAAUUUCAUGUUCAAGGUUCUAUAUCACAAGGAAAAGCUUUACUUGAUAUGGUUAAAGAUGAUAAUGGAAAAUGGUAUACCAAAUAUUUAAUUGUUACAAUACCAGGUUAUGGUAAAAGAAUUUUUGUUGAAUAUAAUAGUAAUAAUUCUACUUCUAUUGAUAAUAAUGAUAAUAAUAAAGAUAAUAAGAAAUAA